AUGAAUGAUCAUUAUUCAAGCAGUAACGACAACGCUUCUUCCGAUCGACAGUCGUCAAGAAUGCCACCGACGUCGAAGCGUCGGAUCCACCUAGUGCGAGAUUUCCCAUGUCAUAUCCUACGUCACAAGAGCGCGGGGGCCAGGCUGGUCUGCUCACACACCUUCAAGUCGGUGGAACACGCAACGCAGCCUCUCGUCCAGCUGUUCUUUCAGCCGACAUCAAUUACAUCAAGGUCACCUGGACCACCGGGAUCGUGCCAACACAACCAAGCUUCCGUCCUCCGCGUGGCUCCAGACCUGAUUUCACGCUGCCUUUGUUCCCUUCCUUGGCAGCCACUGAGAUCGAAAUAUGCCAUCGCUGACUGCGUGCGAGUCAGCAGCCAAGCCAACGUAUUGAAGGAUGCCGCGUACAGCAGAUAUGAAAUCGACAUGACGAGGUCUCAGGCGUAG